CUGAGACCAAGAUCAAAUAAAAGAGCUCUCCAUAUUUACAUUCAGAGGCAAUCUAGACCCUUUUGAUCACAAUCCCUCACACAUGAGUAUUUUCCACACAUACAUCAGCUGAAGUCCCGGCGAGCCGCGCUGAGACGCGCAUUAAGCUGCCAGUUUCCGCUGGAGAACGGAGCUGCUACGGGCUGAAUUACAUGCGCAGUCCUGCCGUGAAUCUCACAUCACCACGGCAACCUUCGUUCACACCGAGUCCCCGUCAGCAUCGGUGAGAUCCGACCCCAUCCACAGGCAACCGGAGAGCCCGCAAGACCACCACAGACGAGCAGCUAUGGUGAAGCUGGGCAGCAAUCUGUCCGAUAAGCUGGAGAAGCAGCCAUCUGCGGACGAUGGCUUUGAUAACAUCCCCCUCAUCACACCCCUGGAGGUCAACCAGCUCCAGCAGCCUUUUGCAGAAAAGGUCAUUGUGAAGACGUCAACACAGUUCCAGCUGCAGCAGAAGAAGAAGAGCAAGCUGUAUUUUCCCAACAUCAAGAAGCUGAAUAUCAACUUCUACAGUGAUGUCUCUGAGAAGGCCAAGAUCACAGGCCUGAUCCUCAUUACUUUGGCCUUCCUGACCAGCCUGCUCCUUCUGCUCAUGUACAAAGCCAUGUGGUAUGACCAACUUACCUGCCCAGAGGGUUUCCAUCUUAAGCAGAAGCACUGCACCCCUGCAGCUCUGGAGAUGUACUACACAGAGCAGCAGAAGCAGGAGCCAGGUGUGCAUGGCGGCACAAACGCCGGACUGUACGCUGCUCUCAGCCACCUAAACCAGGUCAAGAGGAGUGGACCUGAACUGCCAUCACCAUGGUUACCAGUCAUCAGUGCUCUGAAGGAGACCGAGGUGACCAAACAAGGCAGUGAGCCACUGAAAGAAGGGCUGGAGGGAGAUGAGUGAAGGAUGUGCUAGUGGAGAAAAUGAUGAUGAGGGCAUAGUGUACAUUAUUUUAUUUUAUUUUUUGUCUGUGUGUGCAUUUUUUCCCCUCUCAGACAGCCCAUUGAAUAACGCUUUUACUGGCGCUCCAGUGUAUAAGGCGUGUGUGCGUGGUGAGUGCUUGUGGUUAGAGGCAGGAAUGUACAUGACUUUUACAGUGUUACUGAGUCAUGACAAAAGUCAUCUGGAUCCUGCAUGUGUGUCUGCACUCAUGUAAAUACUGUUUACUGUUCAUGCUUACAUACUGUGCUGUGAAAAAAAGCAUUGCAGAUAUUAUUUAAAUUCAGCCAUAUUGGAGGGUUUUUGAAAAUGAACUGCUUGUUUAAGGUCAUGUCAAAGCAUCUCAAUCCAAUUUUUGACUAGGUCAUUUCUGUCUUUUAUUUUUUUCUUUUUUGUUUUUGUUCAUUGUCCUGCUGCAUAACCCAGAUAUUUUCUGGUACAUAGUAAAAUUCAUGGUUCCAUCAAUUACAGCUAGUUGUCCAGGUCCCAAAGCAGAAGCAGCAGCCCUGGACCAUCACACUACCAUCGCCAUGUUUGGCUGUUGGUGUAAUUUUUUUUUUUUUUUUAAAUGGUGUGUUACUUUUAUGCCAGGUGUAACAAGAUGCAAACCUUCCAAAAAGUAAAACUUUUGUCUCGUCAGUCCACAGAAUAUUUACUCAAAAGUCUUGGGGAUCAUCAAGAUGUUUUUUUGGUAAAUGUAAGAUGAGCCUUUGUGUUCUUUUUUGGUUAACAGUGGUUUUUGCCUUGGAAUUUCCAUUUGUGCCAGUCUUCUUUCUCAUUGUUGAAUCAUGAACACUGACCUUAAGUGAAGCAAGUGAGGCCUGUUCUUUAGAUGUUGUUCUGGGUUUGUUUGUCACCUCCUGAACAAGUUGUAAAUGCACUCUUGGAGUAAUUUUGGCAGAUUGGCCACUCCUGGGAAGAUCACCCCUGUUUAGUCCAUUUGUGGAUAAUGGCUCUCACCAUGAUCUGUUGGAGUCUCAGCAGUGGCUUUACAACCAUUACCAGACUGAUAGAUGUCAGUGACUUUGUUUCUUUAGAUGGCUGAGAUUGUUUAGCCUACCUUGUUAGACAGGUUCUCUUUAAGUGAUUUCUUGAUUCAACAGGUCUGGCAGUAAUCAGUAAAUAAUUGAACUCAGCCAAAAAAAUGUGAAAAAUGAUUUAAAAAUCGAGAGCAAUUACUUUUUUACACAGGGCCAGGCUUGGUUAACGAGGUCUGGAUAGCUUAAAAUCAUCAAAAAAACUGCA